GGGAUCAACUUAUCUCCUUAAGUUUGGUGUUACUUGAUUGAUCCUUUUUUUCCGAUUUUGGAGAGCAUGUUGCAAAAGAAGGAAGAUUAUAGGUUGAAAUGAAAAUUUCCUUCAGUUGACUGUUGACGUUCUUCUUAGCGCCACAAAAUGGAAGCCGGCGGCAUAGCAGAGUGCCAUAGUCCUACCGCAAGAUGGAGGUGAUCGCUUGGAAGAAGAAGACUUGGAUUCGAUGGAUCAUUCCGGCUUCUUGUCUACUUCUGGUUUUCUUCCUCCUCGGAGCUCAUGAGAAAUUGCAAUUCGAAUGGAUUCAGAGAGGAAACAGAGCAGCUUUGCCGGCGGCGGCGCUGUCACCGGAUUCCCUACCGCCACCAAGAGACGAGCUUCUCGGCGGCCUCCUCUCUCCCAAUUUCGACCCCACCUCCUGUCUCAGCCGGUUCCAGUCCUCCUCCUUCCGCCCGCCCUCCCCUCACCUCCCUUCCCCCUACCUCCUCUCCCGCCUCCGCCGCUACGAAGCCCUUCACAAGAAAUGCGCCCCCGGCACCAAACUCUACCAGAAAUCCAUCCGCGAACUUAAGUCAGAUCGCUUCUCCACCUCCAACUCCUCCUCCCCCUGCAACUACAUCGUCUGGAUCCCCCACUACGGCCUCGGCAACCGCGUCGUCAGCUUGGUCUCGUCCUUCUUCUUCGCCCUCCUCAAUAACAGAGUGCUCCUGAUUUAUGAGACAGAGGAGAUUAAAGAUCUCUUCUGCGAGCCGUUUCCGGGGACUUCCUGGGUCCUCCCCUCCGACUUCCCCAUCAGCAAUCUUGAAAGCUUCGACCGCGACUCGAAACGGAGCUACGGCAACCUGAUCCGGCGAAACGCUGUCACCUCAUUGCCGGCGUACGUGUACCUCCACUUGCCGUGGUACUACGACGGGUUUGACAGGUUGUUCUUCUGCGAGGAGGAACAGAGGAACCUCCGGCACGUGCCGUGGGUGUUGCUAAAGUCGGACCACUACUUCGUGCCGGCUCUGUUCCUGGUGCGGGAGUACGAGGAGGAGCUCCGGCGGCUGUUCCCGGAGCGCACCACCGUCUUCCACCACCUCGUCCGCUACCUCCUCCACCCCAGCAACAACGUAUGGGGCCACGCCAUGCGGUACUACCACGCCUACCUCGCCAAGGCCGACUCUAGAGUUGGGAUUCAAAUUAGAAAUCUCAAGAACGAGCCCGUCACCUUCGAUUACUUGCUUGACCAAAUCGUGGGCUGUUCAUUGAAAGAGGGAGUUUUACCGGCGGUGGUCGCAGGAAACGGAAAGAAGAGCUUGAAGAGCUAUAGCGACGAGAAAGUGAAGGCGGUUUUUAUGACGAGUUUGGACGUGAGAUACUACGAGAGGGUCCGUUCGAUGUACUACGAGAAGGCAACGACGACCGGCGAGGUGGUGGCGGUGUACGAGCCGGGGCACGAGGUGGAGCAGAAGACGGAGGAUCAAGGGCACAACGUGAGGGCGAUGGCGGAGAUUGUGCUGUUGAGCUUUAGCGACAAGCUGGUGACGACGGCGUGCUCCACGUUCGGAUACGUGGCGCAGGGGCUCAGCGGGGUCGUGCCGCUGGUGAUGCUGAAGCCGUGGAAGUCGAACGGCGCCGCCUGCCGGUGGGCGGAGUCGCCGGAGCCGUGCUACCUGAUUCCUCCGACGAACGUAUGCAACCAGCGGAGCGGAUUCAACAAGAAGAUGGCGAAGAACGUGAGGCAGUGCGAGGAUGAAACCGGAGGCGUUAAGUUGUUUGAUUGAUCAUCAGUUAGCUUUGUGAAAUAUAUGAAGUAUUAGUUAAACGUCACUCUCUGAAGGACAAGCGCCUCUAAAAAAAUUCAUCGUAUUUUAUUAUAAUACAUCUGUCAUCCUCUAAUCUGAAUGCUCUAAAUUGAACGACUUUAAAUAUCUAUAUCAAU